AUGCCCGGGAAGCCCAUUGGAGGCGGGGGCUUGGGCCUGGGCCUCCCCUGUGGGGAAGGGGACGCAGCCGUGACCCUCUUCUCUUUCUCCCCUGCAGGAGGACGGAGGAUGGCGCCAGAUGCAGGAAAAAGGUGCUGGCCAAGAGAAAGAGGAGAGCGGGCCCCACGGAGCAGACCUGCCCGGUCCCGGCGCGGUUUCCACAGGAGACGGCGAGGAAAGGCCGGGGGCCCUCAGGCUGCAAGAGCGAUGAGCCGAGGGGGAGCCUGGAAAAAGCGGCUGCCUGGAGGGCGAAGCGGGGAGGAGGAAAUGGGUGGAGACCCCGAGAUGGGCCUGGAGGGCGGAGGCUCCUUCGGAAGACCCCGAAAGCCCCGAAGGAUCCAAGAGGGAGCAAAGGAACAUCAGUGCCCGAAAUGUGGAAAAACCUUCAAAAGAAAUGGACAUCUUCAAAGCCACCUAAUUAUCCACACAGGAGAAAAACCUCAUAAGUGCCUGGAAUGUGGAAAGAGCUUCAGUCAGAGGGGAAACCUUUAUACACAUCAAAGGAUCCACUCGGGAGAGAAACCUCAUAAAUGCCUGGAGUGUGGAAAGAGAUUCAGUCAGAGGGGAAACCUUUAUACACAUCAAAGGAUACACUCAGGAGAAAAACCACAUAAAUGCCUGGAGUGUGGAAAGAGAUUCAAUCUGAGGGGAAACCUUUAUAGACAUCAAAGGAUCCACUCAGUAGAAAAACCACAUAAAUGCCUUGAGUGUGGAAAGAGAUUCAGUCAGAGGGGAACACUUUAUAUACAUCAAAGAAUCCACACAGGAGAAAAACCACAUAAAUGCCUUGAGUGUGGAAAGAGAUUCAGUCAGAGGGGAAACCUUUAUACACAUCAAAGGAUCCACUCGGGAGAGAAGCCAUACGAAUGCCUGGAGUGUGGAAAGAGAUUCAGUCUAAGGAGCACCCUUUAUACACAUCAAAGGAUCCACACAAGAGAGAAACCUUAUAAGUGCCUGGAGUGUGGAAAGAGAUUCACUCUGAGGGGAAACCUUUAUAGACAUCAAAGGAUCCACUCAGGAGAAAAACCACAAAAAUGCCUGGCAAGAAAGGAGGACGGAGGAUGGCGGCAGAUGCAGGAAAGAGGCACCGCCCGAGAGGAGGAGGAAGAGGAGAGCGGGCCCCACGGAGCAGACCUGCCUGGUCCCAGCAUGGCUUCCCCGGGAGACGGUGGGGAAAGGCCUGGGGCCUCCGGGGCUGCAAGAGGGAGGAGCCCAGGGGGAGCCCGGGAAAGGCGGCUGCCUGGAGGGCGAUGCGGGAAGGAUGAAACGGGCAGAGACCCCAGGACGGGCCUGGAGGGCAGAGGCUCCUUCGGAAGACCUCCAAAGCCCCGAAGGAUCCAGGAGGGAGGGAGGAAACAUCAAUGCCCGGAAUGUAGGAAAACCUUCAAAAGAAAUGACCAUCUUCAAAGUCAUCUAAGGAUCCACACGGGAGAAAAACCUUAUAAGUGCCUGGAGUGUGGAAAGAACUUUAGUCAUACCAGCAACCUUUACAGACAUCAAAGGAUCCAUCUGAAAAAAUGCCUGGGGGGUGGAGGCUCCUUCGGAAAACCCCGAAAGCCCCGAAGGAUCCAGGAGGAAGCAAAGGAACAUCAGUGCCCAGAAUGCAAAAAAUCCUUCAAAAGAAAAGGAAAUCUUCAAAGCCACCUAAUUAUCCACUCAGGAGAAAAACCUCAUAAAUGCCUGGAGUGUGGAAAGAGCUUUCAUGAUAGGAGCACCCUCUGUAAACAUCAAAGGAUCCACUCGGGAGAGAAGCCAUACGAAUGCCUGGAGUGUGGAAAGAGAUUCAGUCAGAAGGGAAACCUUUAUACACAUCAAAGUAUCCAUUCAGGAGAAAAACCACAUAAAUGCCUGGAGUGUGGAAAGAGAUUCAGUCUGAGGGGAAACCUUUAUACACAUCAAAGGAUCCACUCAGGAGAAAAACCACAUAAAUGCCUGGAGUGUGGAAAGAGAUUCAGUCUGAGGGGACAUCUUUAUAGACAUCAAAGGAUCCACACAGGAGAAAAACCUCAUAAAUGCCUUGAGUGUGGAAAGAACUUCAAUCGGAGAUCACAUCUUGAUCAACAUCAAAGGAUCCACUCGGGAGAGAAGCCAUACGAAUGCCUGGAGUGUGGAAAGAGAUUCAGUCAGAGCAGCAACCUUUAUGCACAUCAAAGAAUCCACACAAGAGAAAAACCACAUAAAUGUCUGGUAAGAAAGGUAAUAAAAUCCAAUUAAAACUUUCACUUUUAAUAAAUUCAAUAUAUAUUUUUCUUUUAAUAAAUUCCUUUAGUCUUCCAGGGCCAUGCCCAGGGUCCCAGGCCUGAGUUUGACUGCUGUCGGUCAUUCUUAUGGCAACUAGCAGGGCAGGCUGUCCUGGGAGGGGCGGGAGGCCUUGUAUGAGUCUGGAUGUCCAUCUGUCAGUGAUUCAGGAAUGUUGGAUUCUCAACUGGGCAGCUGUGGACGAGAUCCCUGCCUGAUCCCUGUCCAAGGGCUGCAGUUGAGGGCUGCUCUGACACAGGAUCCAGCCCUCCCUCUGCCUGGCCUAAAGCCAGUGCUGCAGUGCUGCCUGCCCCAAGAGGAGAUCAACCCUGCUGGUAAUUCAAUCAAGUUCAAAAUUCGAGGAGAAAAUUUCGCUCUCUCUUUCUGUCCGUAAACUUGGCACCAUCUAACAACAUGGUGUCAGGAAAAGGUGCCUCACCUAAGCAGAAAUAAUGGAGGGAGCUCACCUGGGAUGAUGGAAGAAAACACAAAACAGCAGGGCAACCCAAAGGGAAUGCGAUGGGAAGUUCACCCAGAGCUACGUUAAUGAGUGGCGCUUCCCUGAACAGAAUGCAGUCUACAUCCAAAGAGCUUUGCCUUUUGUGCAAAAAGGUUAGAAAAGGGCAGCUUGAGUGUUGGUUUGGUCGCCUCCUACAGACAUUUGCCUGGCAUUGGUGCACAUAGAAAAGGUGGAGCAGGUGAAGUUUCAUAGGGAACCUGCCAUCUCUUAGGGAACUCUGAGGGCUUUAUGACCUCAUCCAUGCAGGCUAAACUGCCAGUUACUGUCAGUUGUCAGAGUGAAGGUGCCUUCAAGAGGUUCGUCAGUCUUCAGAAGGGCUCCUGGACUCUGGGAAAUCUUCCUUCUAUUUGCAGCCAAUUUAUCAGAGUUGUAUUGCAAGGACGAAAACGCUCAUUUGGCCCCUUCUUAGGAAAGGGAAGCAGAGAGAAAAUGAGAACACCCAGCCAUUUUCCCUGUUACUUUUAAUUGUUGGCUGAUGGAUUUAAAUCAUGUCUUCAUCUCCAAACUCAGGCACCAAGUUUGGUGUGGAGCUGAAAAGAACUUGAUGACCUGAUUUGAGAGACUUCAAGAGAAGCAAAGGGGUUUCUUUGUCCACCUGAAAAUACAGAUCCUCAAAUAA